CCACCGACGAGCUCCGGUCGCCGCAGCGACCACGGCGAGUCAUACGCGCCGCGGCGGCCUGGGCCGCCGCGCUCUCCGUCGCGGCGACGCUCGCGUUCCUCCUGGUCGCCGGUCGCGGCCCUCUCCCUAGCGCCUGCUGCGGCACGAGCAGGAGCAGGCACCGCCCCAGUUCCUCGCCGCCGGACCCCGUGGAGCUCACCAUCGUGGCCGCCGCUCACCACAAGGGCGCCGGUACGCCGCCGUGCCACACAUCCUCUUUCUUCCGACCACUGUUGCGUGCUAAGACGAGGCGUCGCAGUGUGCCUGGACGGGAGCCCGCCGGGGUACCACCUGCAGACGGGCUCCGGCGGCGGGUCGCGCAGCUGGCUCAUCCAUCUCGAGGGCGGAGGCUGGUGCGACACCGUACGCAGCUGCUCCGACCGCAGGAUGACCUUCCACGGCUCAUCCAAGUUCAUGCAGAGACACAUCAACUUCACGGGCAUUCUUAGCAACGAUCCGGCACUGAACCCUGAUUUCUACAGCUGGAACAGAGUAUUUGUUCGGUAUUGCGACGGGGCAUCGUUUGCUGGUGACUCGCAACACGAUGAUCAGGAUGGAAACGGCACUCUCUUCUUCAGAGGCCAGCGCAUAUGGGAGGCGGUCCUUACGAGCUCAAGCAGAAAGGGCUCGCCUGUUCCGAACAGGCUAGUCCUACUCCUACGUCAAUACGUCGCCAUCCAGGCCUUGCUUACGGGUUGCUCUGCUGGUGGUCUGGCUACCCUGCUGCACUGCAAUGACUUCCGCGCAAGGUUUCCUCCUGAGGUUUUGGUGAAGUGCCUUCCUGACGCUGGAUUCUUUGUGAACGUAAAGGAUAUCUCAGGGCAAAGGUCAAUGAGGUCUGUAUACAGUGGAGUCGUUCACCUUCAGAAUGUUACUGGAGUUUUGCCCAAGGACUGCCUCCUGGCAAACAAGGAUCCGACAGAGUGUUUCUUUCCUGCGGAGAUUAUCAAAAGCAUCAGGACGGCCACGUUUAUCCUGAACUCUGCCUACGACUCCUGGCAGGUAAAGAAUGUUGUUGCACCGGAUAGAUCCUCUCUUCAUGAGUCAUGGCGCCGCUGCAGAGCUGACAUUCGCAGCUGCAACUCCUCGCAGAUACAAGUGCUCAAUGGACUUAGGAAGGCGAUGGUGGAUGGCCUCAAGGCUGUAGGGGACAACGAGAACUGCAGCUGGUUCAUCGAUUCAUGCUUCAGCCAUUGUCAGGCAUGGUUCGAUAACUCCCCAUGGAACUCAUCACCAGUCGCCCCAAGGCUAGGAAACAAGACACUGGUGGAGGCUGUUGGGGAUUGGUACUUCGGUAGGAGCCCAAGCCAGGUAGUGAGAGAGAUUGGCUGCGAGUAUCCAUGCAACCCCACAUGCAACAGCCAUCAGUUGCCAUCUCAAUUUACGACGGAGUUGUACUAUGGGAAAGCAAAGCAUAACAAGUUAUAUGAUCAUAUUCUUGUAUUGGAAUGGAAAAUAAAUGGAAUGGACAAUCCUCGGAUACAUUAAUA